CGCUCUCUCUGCGCUUCGCUCGCAAGAUGGCGGAGGCGACCAACUGCACCAUGGAGAAUUUUGUAGCCACGCUGGCUAAUGGGAUGAGCCUGCAGACUGCGAUAGAAGAUGUGUCCUGCCCCCAGGCUGAGAGCAGCGUGAAGCCCACGGCCGAGGAGAUGACGUCCAAGGAUUAUUACUUCGACUCCUACGCCCACUUCGGCAUCCACGAGGAGAUGCUGAAGGACGAGGUUCGCACUCUGACCUACAGAAACUCCAUGUUCCACAACCGGCACCUCUUCAAGGACAAGGUGGUUCUGGACGUGGGCAGCGGCACCGGGAUUCUCUGCAUGUUCGCGGCCAAGGCGGGCGCCAAGCGGGUCAUUGGGAUCGAGUGCUCCAGCAUCUCCGACUACGCCGUCAAAAUCGUCAAAGCCAACAAGCUGGAACACGUGGUGUCCAUCAUCAAGGGCAAGGUGGAGGAGGUGGAGCUGCCGGUGGAGAAAGUCGACAUCAUCAUCAGCGAGUGGAUGGGCUACUGCCUCUUCUACGAGUCCAUGCUCAACACCGUCAUCUACGCCCGCGACAAGUGGCUGACCCCCGACGGACUCAUCUUCCCUGACCGGGCCACCCUGUACGUCACGGCCAUUGAGGACCGGCAGUACAAGGACUACAAGAUCCACUGGUGGGAGAACGUCUACGGCUUUGACAUGUCCUGCAUCAAGGACGUGGCCAUCAAGGAGCCGCUGGUGGACGUGGUGGAUCCAAAGCAGCUGGUCACCAACGCCUGCCUCAUCAAGGAGGUGGACAUCUACACGGUGAAGGUGGAGGACCUGACGUUCACCUCGCCCUUCUGCCUCCAAGUGAAACGCAACGACUACAUCCACGCGCUCGUGGCAUAUUUCAACAUCGAGUUCACCCGCUGUCACAAGCGAACGGGCUUCUCCACCAGCCCGGAGUCACCCUACACCCACUGGAAGCAGACGGUGUUCUACAUGGAGGACUACCUGACGGUGAAGACGGGCGAGGAGAUCUUCGGCACCAUCAGCAUGAAGCCCAAUGCCAAGAACAACCGGGACCUGGACUUCACCAUCGACCUGGACUUCAAGGGCCAGCUGUGUGAACUGUCCUGCUCCACGGAUUACCGCAUGCGCUAGCCCCCCCAUGUCCGUCCCCCCCGCCCUCCCAUUGCGUUGUGUGCCCCCCCCCGGGGCAGGCUCAGAGCCGCGGGCACCAGGGCCCUUCUCAUGGCCAGGAGGACACAGAGCUGCCACUGACUCCCCCCUCCCUGCGUGGCUCUUGGGGGAGGGGGGUGAUUGUCUCCCUCUGCCCUGGGCUCCCCCCACCCCUCCCUCCCAUCUGCUUUUAAACCAGCAAACCCCCCCCCCCCCAGUAACUAAGUACCUCACUGCCCCCCCUCCCAUCCUGGGACACCCUUGAGGGGCUCCGGGGCCCAGCUGAGUCCCUCUGCUCCGGUGGGGGGGGGGGCUGCCCUGUUUUUUAGCUGGGGGGUAGGUCAGGGGGGCUAUGGGGAGGGUUCCCAGUUUGUGUUUUGCUGACGGUUCUGUCCCCCCCCGCCCCCUUUUACCCCCUCCCGGUUGACACAUCGUGACUGUUUCAUAAGUUAUGUUUUUAUAUGGCUACAUUCAUGAGAAAAUAAAGAGAUGAAACGGGGCCCCUGGCUGCCUGGGCAGGGUGGGGGGGCCCCAAACCGCA